AUGAACCUCACUUCCCAAAGCUUCCUCCCGCACGCCGUCACCGGCCUCCCAACAUCCUAUGAGCUGCUCAAGGAGGAGAACGAGGUGGCCGUGCUGGGGGCGCCCGUCAGCCCUUCGCCCCGCAGUUCGGCACCCAUGACGUCCACCGUGAUCAGCAUCCACAGCGAGACCUCCGUGCCUGACCAUGUCGUCUGGUCCCUCUUCAACACGGUCUUCCUGAACUGCUGCUGCCUGGGGUUUGUGGCGUUCGCCUACUCCGUGAAGUCUAGGGACCGGAAGAUGGUGGGCGACCUGAUGGGGGCCCAGAGCUACGCCUCCACCGCCAAGUGCCUGAACAUCUGCGCCCUGGUCUUCAGCCUCCUGCUGAUCAUCGGGUUCAUCAUUCUUUCAGCCACUGGUACAGUGAUGAGCCUCCAGGCCUUUUCACAGACGCUGAAGGACCAUGGGGGCUACUAG